CCGCCUCUGAUGGCCUCGUGAAGGUCGUUGUUUUUCGUAAAUAAUCGGGUAUGCCUUGACUUCAUUGAUGUUACCGCUUGCUAACUGACGUAAUUGAUAAAAUGACGUAAUAAAUGAAUAACAUGGCAAGCACACAUACAUCUCCCGAUGACGAUGGCUAUAAAUGUAUUGUCGAUAACACCCGUAAUGUUACGUACGGAUCAAGUGAUAACCACCCCGAAAUGGAAGAAAUGGGGAGCUGUUCCAGUCUUAACAGACAGGACCCAUAUGAGAGAAGUUUGGGGGAAGACCACUGGGAAAUGAACUACCAUGAAGCUGCGAUAUAUUUAGAAGAGGGUAGAAACAACGAAAAAUUCGACUCCCAUCCAAGUCACCCCAGUGACUUGCCAGCCUAUUUAUUAGUCCACAACUCAUGGUAUUAUGGUUUUGAUCUCUUUUUCUCUUUAAUUUUACUACUUUUGGCCCUUUUUGAAGAGCCCACCACCGAUCAUUUAAAGUUACCAGUCGGAAUCCAUGGUACCCUAGAAUUGGUCGCCCUCACGGUAAUUGGGGCCGAACUAGCAUUAAAGUUACGAUGGAUUGGUUGGAGUGCAAUCCUCAAACAUAAGCGCACCAUGAUCAAAGGUUGUACGCUUGUUAUAAUGGUCGUAGAAGCGCUGGUGGUCCUUAUUCGUCAAUCGUCUCAUUUCCGGGUGACAAGAGCGCUACGUCCUAUAUUUUUAGUAGACACGAGGGCCAUGGGGGGCGUUAGACGUUUCAUAAGGCAAAUACUCCAGUCGUUACCCCCCAUUCUUGACAUGAUGGCCCUCUUACUAUUUCUGGUCUGCAGUUACACCCUUCUGGGCUAUUUCCUCUUCUCUAAGCAGCCAAACAGCAUGUAUUUCAAGACUUUACAAGACAGUUUCGUCAGCAUGUUCGUCCUCUUAACAACCGCUAAUUUUCCCGACGUAAUGAUGCCAGCCUAUGCUGUUUCUAAAUGGUACGCGGCGUUCUUUAUCUCUUACAUUUCAAUGGUUCUGUACGUUUUAAUGAACUUGGUGAGAAGCUGUUUUGUUUUUUUCAAAAUAGGUAUUCCAAUUUUUUUUUUUUGUGAUUGUCUUUUUUAUUGUAUUUACAGAAACACGACGGUGGAGGAUUACUACAAAUACAGUACCAACACGACCAGUGCUCUUGGUUAUUAUUAUUUAAACAAUUUCAAGGAUUUAUUAACAACUGGAGUGACCCUGUUCGAACUGACCGUUGUUAAUAACUGGUUUAUUGUAAUGGAGGCUUAUUCGAUAGUCCUCCAUCCGUCUUCGCGACUUUAUUUUAUGUUGUUUUAUUUAUUUACCAUGGUCGUAUUAACUAUCGUUGUGGCCUCUGUAUUGGAAGCCUUUCGUUUCCGGAUUCAAUACAAAAAGCAGACGAGUAAAAAAGACGAGGAACGAAUGUUAGUUGAAGAAGUGAUCAUCGAUUGGAAUACUUUGCAAAAUUUGGUCCAAGAUCCGGUACUUUUAGACAAACUCAGGGACUCCUUUGUUCCAGGGGGUGUUUCGUAUUACGUGGGUCGUCGUCAGCGUACCAGAGACGUAUUACAACACCGAAUGUACGCCUCUGAAAUAGACAAUUGGAUCAGAGAAACCUCUGUAAGUAACUCUUUCGAACUCGUGAUGGCAGAUGAGGGAGGAGACCCUACUAAUCCACACAAUGAUCGACUAAUCUAAUCCCAGACAUUAAGUAGGUAUUUUCUUUUAAUUUUUUGAAC